AACAAACUUGUGCGAGUUUGGUUGGAGCGAUAUUUGACAUGAUGAUUCUAUGAUUAUUUUGAAAUAGAUAACUUUGUGAUCGGUGAUUUAUUUGUAAAAUAUCAUAGUCAAAGAGAUUUGACUAUUCAAAACAAUAGUGUAGUUAAAUUAUAGGAUUGAACAGUAGUCUAAAUACAUAAAUAUGGCGGAUCUCAGUGUCAGUAAUAUUUCAAAUCUGCAAGCACUGUCAAAUAUGUUGAAUCCAAAGGAAGACUCGAGUGAUGAUGAUAUGCCUGAAAGUGGGCCAUCUGCUUACACUCCUGCAAGCAUUGGUCCGACAAAGAAAGUCAGCAGCACCGAACCACUGAACAAAAAGGAUAGUCAGGCAAUAUGGGAUGAGGAAGAGGUUCUAACUUCAACAUUAUACCAAGAUGAUGACGAUGGAAGGCCACAACCAGAGUUUGACAUAUCAUACAAACAGAAAGUAUCAUCAGAAGACAUGUUUCUUGGUUCGACUGGAAAGAACCCGUCAAGUGCUUGUUGUGAAAGCUUAGUCAUUAAAAUCAAAUUGCCUGACACAAAAAUGAAAGACGUUGAUCUUCAAGUGAAAGAGCAUGUCUUAGAUUGCAGAUCAGACAAAUACAAACUAAUACUACCACUGCCGCAUCCUGUUGACCCAGACAAAGGCUCAGCCAAAUUUGAUUCAGCAACACACACACUUGUAGUCACGUUAUCAAUGAAAAGAGAAUACGACUUUAUUAACUUCCAAGGUUAAGUUUUAAAA